AGAUUUAAAGACACCACUCUACCACCAUGGCACCAGGGAUAUUUCUGCUGUAUUGUGCUGCCUCCCCUAAUCUUACAUGAAGAUGUAUGGGAUCCUUGCCAUCCAUGGUCUGGUGAGCCCUACCAAUAUGUGACUUGCCCAAGUAAAGGCUCAACAAUGGUGUAGGCAACUGUUAUGUUGGGACCAACUUACUUACAUUGUGCAGAGAAGGUCCUCAUCAGAAAAUGAUUCGUUGAUCUGAUCAUAGCAACUGGUGAAGACUUAAGGCAUGACAGGUUUCUUAAAACCUUAUUUGGCACUAGAGAACUGAAAUGAAAGACCUUUGCAUGAAGAGAAAAUGUUGGUCAUGACCACUUGGUCAAACGAUGUGUUUCUCCUGCUUUGAUGAUCCAGAAAGAGAAGGAAGGCAGGCUAUGGAUGGAAGAAAUAACACAGUUGUGACCUAUUUCAUUCUGAUUGGGCUGUCAGAGUACCCCAGGGCUCAAGUGGUCUUUUUCUUCCUGCUCCUCGUGUCCUAUCUUGUCACCUUGCUGGGAAAUGUCCUUAUUCUCUUCUUGAUUCACUAUGAUUCCCGUCUCCACACACCCAUGUACUUCUUCCUCAGCAACCUCUCCUUCCUGGACAUCUGCUACACCUCAGCGAGUGUUCCUCAGAUGAUCAUUAACUGUUUAGUCACAAUUCCCAUCAUCUCCCUGGGCCAGUGCUUGGCCCAGAUGUGUGCUGGCCUUUACUUGGGGGUGGUGGAAUGCCUUCUGCUGGCCGUCAUGGCCUAUGACCGUUGCAUAGCCAUUGGUGACCCUUUGCGCUACUCGGUGAGGAUGGGUCCACAGCUCUGUGUCCAGCUUUCAGUGGGGUCCUGGGUUUCAGCCUUUCUCCUCACUGUGAUACCAACCCUGACCACACCACUAGAGUUCUGUGGCCACCACAUCAUCAACCACUUCUCCUGUGAGCUCUUGGCUGUCAUCAAACUCGCCUGUAAUGAUCUGAGGUACAAUGAAUAUUUUAUGAUGGCAUCCAGUUUUCUCACCCUCCUGCUACCCUUUGCCUUCAUCCUUGCUUCCUAUGGGCGCAUCCUCAGGGCUGUGCUGAAGAUGCAUUCAACUAAAGGUCGAAAGAAGGCUUUCUCCACCUGUAGCUCCCAUCUCACUGUGGUGGUCAUCUUUUAUGGCACAGCCAUCUCCAUGUACAUGAUGCCCCAAGAUAAGGCCAGCAGGGACCGGGACAAAAUCAUCUCGAUGCUAUAUGGUGUUGUCACACCCAUGCUUAACCCCCUUAUCUACAGCCUCCGGAACAAGGAUGUGAAGGGGGCCUUACAGAAACUAUGUGGGGAGAAGACUACCACCUAAGAAAAGAUCUUUUUUCUGUACCUCAAAGAUGAGGGUCCGAUUAUUGA